AUGAAGAGUCGGCCAAAUUGGGAUUGGCAUCAUACUUUUAUGAGAGGCUGUUUUUAUCUGGAAGACGAUGGAGCGAUUGUUUCUCUCCAGUAUCGCCUCCAUGUCCCACAAACUACCAGUGUCUACCUGACCAUACGACCCCUCAACCUUAGCCCGAUUCCUGACAACCCUUCACCCUGGAUGUGUGUGGACACAGCUCUAUAUGUGCUGACAGGAAAUGAGACAAAAGAAGAUUCAAACAUGGUUUGCUUUACUGAGUUAAGGGAUAAGGAGAGGUUUCUGUGGAGGGGAGAGCUCAGCGCUGGUUCAUAUCUGCUUAUGCCCUUCACCACCGGCUGCAGACUGAAGAGGACGCGGAAGAACAGCACUAAAACUGCUCAACUAGUCAACCGCAUGCAGUCUGGAGAGCUGGAGCUAACCAAACAGUUCAAGGCGGUGUUGUCUGACAUCUUUGAAGUGAUUGAUUUGGAUGGCAGUGGUCUGCUGAGUCUAGAAGAAUACAAUUUCUUUGAGCAGAGAACCAGUGGAGAGAAAUGUGACGAGGAUGCGUGGGCCAUCUGUAAAGAAAACUUUGACACUAAGAAAAAUGAAUUAACUAGACAAGGUUUCUUGGAGCUUAACCUUAUGGAGGCGAAUGAUCGCGAGGGAGACCCCAGUGACUUGUGGCUCACCCUGGAGGCCAUGGGCUACAACCACAGCUUGGAGAUGGUGGAGUCCUGCCCAUUUGUCAUUGACGUCUACUGUGAGGAUGUCAAAGCAACUCUUCAGGCAGUUCAUUUGGAUUCUGGGAUCAAGAUGUUGAAUUCUGCUGUACAGAGAUCCAUCACAUCUAAAGCAGAGGCUAGAGCUCUGAAGGGCCAUGAGAAUGUGCUGGUUUACACAUACAAAGGAGAGAGCAGGAUUUCAUCGGUCAUUGCUAAUAAGUCCAAUCAGAAGGUGACGGUGCACAUCAACAAUGAGCAAAGCAAAAACUCUGUGAGCAGCAGAGGCAUGAGUGUGUUUGCAGUGGAAGUUCCUGCUAGAACUAAAAUGGUUUGUCAGCACGUCAUGGCAUUAAAUGAUCAACAGGAAUGGACUUACAACUGCACUGAGAGCAUUAUACCAAGUUUGUAAAUGCUGCAGUAGUGACAUUUAUUAUGAGGCAACAAAGAAAGUAGUAACAUAAUAUGGGUUGCUUGUUAUGAUUAUUGCAAACAUUUU